ACUCUUUUCUACCAUGGCGGAAGACCCGAGUGCUAGCUCCAAAAGAUUAUAACUUUCUUUUUCUAAGGAUUCUUCCAUUGUCGAACCAAAUUAGUCUAAGCUUCAACCUGAACUUCUGAGAUUGAUACUUUCAAAGCUAUCUUUUGCUCAAUUCAUUCACUUCAAGGCUGUUUGUUCUUCUUGGUAUUCCAUUGCAAAAUCAUAUGUCUCUUCUUUGUGUCAAACAGCAUGGCUCCUGCUUCCUGGCAACCAAGAACAUCAUGCUCGUUGCUUCUUUAGUCUUGAGGACAAUAAAACAUAUAAGAUCAAUAACAUUGGUAAUCUGUUCGGUAAUGAUGCUUAGUGUGUUGGUUCAACUUAUGGGUGGCUAGUGCUUUUGGAUGAUGAAGCAAAAGCCUUCCUCCUCAACCCCUUUUCACAAGUUCGAAUUCAGUUGCCUACAAUUGAGAGGUUCAUGUUUCAAGUUAAUAAAUCCUACUUCAUCCAACACUUGAGAAAGGUUUUUAUCACCAAAGCUAUCUUGCUGUCAGAUUCAUCUCAUGACAACAACUAUGUAGUUGUACUAAUUUUUGGUUACCUUUCAAGGCUUGCUUUCUGUAAGAAAGGAGAUUCAGGUUGGACUAUUCUUAGUGGUGCAUCUCAAAGCUAUUGUGAUAUCAUAUACUUUAAUGAUCUUUUUUAUGCAUUAACGUGGGAUAGUUCCAUUGAAGUCUGGGACUUUCAUGCUUCUUUGCCAAUAAAGAAAAGGGAAAUCCACCCUUCAACCACAAGAGAAAUGUUGGAAGCUACAAAGUGUUUCAGAAAUUUACAUUCUUGCCAAACUUACUUGGUGGAAUCAUCUAGCGAUCUUUUACUGGUGCUAAGGUAUAUAGGGAAUUUUGUUAAUCAAGAAGGUAAAGUUAUUGAUGAGGCAUAUCUUCUGAGUGGUGACAGCACCCAGCCUUUGGUUUGCCCAUAUCAAACACUCAUGUUUCAUGUUUGCAAGUUGGAUUCCAGUGAGCAAAAAUGGGUGGGAGUAGACAAUUUGACGGAUGAGGUAUUUUUUCUAAGGGGAAACCAUUCAAUGUCACUCUCAGCUCAGUAUUGUUCAAGAUUUGAAAAGAAUUCUAUUUAUUUUACGGACGAUAAUUGGAAUCAGAUGAAUGAGGAUGACUUGAAUAGAGGCCAUGAUCUUGGCAAGUUCAGCUUUGAAGAAAAGAUUGUGAAACCAUUAAUGAAUUUUCAUCUAGAUCGGGCAGUCAUGAUUUGGGUAAAUUUUUUUAAUGUGGGUUUUAGAGUAAGAGAAAUAUUUAUAAUGAUAUGGGUUGAUGCAAAAUUUCCAAGGCAGGCAAAUGUUGUCAUAGUUGGACUGCUGAAUCGAAUCAAAAGGAUGGAGCUUGAGAGAGAUGUGGAAAAGAAAGAGAUCGAAAAAAAUUAUAGGAGAUGGAAAAUGGUUGUGGCAUGUUUCUUGUUGUGUGUGAUUAGAAGAAUUUUCUUUUGUGCUUAG